AUGAUGCUUAAUUUAGUCGAUUCUAAGAUGAUGUUAUAUUUAAUAAAACUACUGGUGAUUAUAAUUUAGAUAAUCUAAUUGUUUUCUUCAAUCCUACUUAUAAUCAAGAUAUAGUUCUUCUAUUGUUAAUUGAAUUCAAUAGUGUUUCAUUCCCUUAAUCAGAAGAGAGUCAUCCUUUUUUAACUUAUAAUUAUGUCACAAAUUAUUAAUUACAUGCGGACUUAAAAACAUUUUCUUUUAAAUUAGGUGGAUUCUUCAAUCAAUCUUUAGGUGGAUGUGUUUUUUAUGAUACAUUUAACAUCAUAUUAAAUGUCUUCGGCAGCUCAAACUUGUAGUUAUAAAGAUGAUUCUAAAAAUAAAAUCUUAGGAAUCAAGUAUGAUAGAAUUAAGCGAGCAUUAUUGGAGAGCAUAUUAUUAUAGUUUAAUUAUUGAGCAUUGUUAAAAUUGGGAGGAGAAUUGCAAAAGUGGUUGGAAACCUGGAGAUGAAUCGUGCAUGAUAGACAGUAUUGGAGCUUUAUGUGAGGAGUGUGAUUUAUAUAAUUCAAGAGGAAGUGGAUCUUAUUCUGCAACUUCAGCUUAUUCAUAUAGAUAGUUGUGA